CUUAGUAGCCACGUACAAAUUUCCGACGUUAUUCACCCAUCCGUCAAAACAUAAAUUAAAUUACCCGUUCCAUUGUAAUUAAUCGAAUCGAAUAAAUUGCUUCCCCGCGGUUUGUGACAAAAUUGGCGCCUCGCCAAUUGUACAAAGAACAAAAAAGCCCCAUUUACCAACCUCCCUCCACUGCUUCCGGGUCGGUGUCCAAUGUCCAGCUGUUUCCGAUCGUGGUCAUGUUCCGCAUCGCGCCGGAACGUGCUGAAGCCGCUAGAUCAGCACCAAUUAACUCUGACCGCUGCUGCUGGCUCCGUCGGUGUCACCGGGGGACCACCACCCCCACCCGGUCACUUUACGUUCCGUCGGCAGUUCGAGACACGAUUAAACAAUUCGUGGCGGACGGCUCUAUUCAUCAAGUGGUACGCCGUGCUGAUCAACGUGGUCGAAGCGCAGUGUUUCGCUAUCUACGAAAUUGGAAAGCAAAAGCGACACCGCCGGCGGCCUGCGGAAGGACGCUUUCCCGAUAGUGCCGUCCGACGGAAUCUGCACUUGGCGAUGGCAACACUGAUGCUGCUGUCCAGUGGGGCGGCCAUUGUGGGACUGCUCGCGCAAAAUACCACCCUGCUCCUUCCGUACUACUUCCUCCACGUGGCCACCCUGGUACUGGAGCUAAACUAUGUGGUCAUUCGGGUUGCCACGGCCGUCAGCUGGACCGGGGGUGGCGGAAAAUCCGGCAAUCAUCGUCGCCAUACUUCAACCGUGCGCACGCUGGCAACACUGGCCUACAUCACGUUCAAUUUGCUGAUAAUGAUCGGAGCGGAAUUUGGCACCACCGGAGGAGGAAGAGGAGAAGGCCUGCUGUGGCGUGCAGAGUACCCACCGUUUUGGCAUCGGUUCUCGACGAUGAUGGCCUGAGCGUGUCCGUCCAUGCCAUGUGAUGUGCUUUUGCCAGAUGGGGACUCACGUGACUUGGUCCGGCGUUGAGUGGAUUUGGUGGCAAAUUGGGUAACCCUAUGGGUGCUGUCGGUGCUAUGAUCAAAUUUUAGAGUGAAAUGGGUAAAUUAUUUUGUGAAUUAUGGUAAUGUGUUAUGUGAAUUGCAUAAUGGAUCAGUUUUGUGGUAGUAAUGAAGGUGUAUAUAUUUUUUUCAGU